AUGAAUGGUAAUUCCAAGAAUAUUCAAGUUCCAAAGGAAGACAAACAAAUAACAGCAUCUCAAAAUGCCAAUGGAAAGCAGGGAAAUGAAAGCAAUAUUAAGAUACCUACGGAUCAACAAAGAAAAUCGACUGCUCCCUCAAAUCAAAACCGACCAACAGAGAAAGAUAAUGAGAUAUCAAUUCCCAUAAGACGCGGUCAGAUCACUCAGGACAUGUUUAUACGAGGGACUAAACUUGACUCAUUAACGGACUUUAAAGUCAGCAUAUCACUUACCAUGUCUGGAAUUCGGAAAAAUUACUCUAAAUUAGCUAAUGUUGUUAGCGGAGAUCUGAGUCAAGAAUACUUAUCUACAGCAAAGAUUGUUCGCAUCUUCACUAGUAGUACAUUUACAGUGAAUGGAACGGAUAAUCAAAAUGAUAAAGAGCUUUUAAGAAAAUGGUACAAGAGAGAUGACAACGCUUUACCUUCUGUCUGCGUGCUCCAAACGAUUAGUAAACUACUUCCGGAUUACUUGUCACAUGAUCAAGAAAAGAAAAAAGCCGCCAAAAAUGUAUGGUGGAAUGAAAGCGAUGCUCUGCAGAAAAUUCUGAUAGAUAUAUCUCAGAAAGAGUUAGGAGAAGAGAAAGCUAUGAAAUAUAUCAUAUCAAUUACACAUCUAGAAGUCCUCAAAGGGAUUCUGGAGUGUAGCAACGCAAGCAACCGAUGUCUUUGGUUCAAACGAACUAUAAAGGAUAUAGAAAACGUGGAACCGAGCUGGCAACUGUCCAGAUAUAUAGAAUGUUUGGGUCAGGAAGAAAAAUGGCAGAACUCUCGAAGACUUUUAAACAACCUUAAACAAAAAAUGGUGGAUUCGUUGCCCUCUGACAACAUCCAUGAAUACGUCAUUCCGUGGACAGAGAAAGGCGUUGAUCCUUCUCUUCCUGAACAUAAGCAAUACCUACAACAAAUAAAUGAGGAUUUUGAACAUCUCAUGCUGACCAUGAUUGACAAAGCUAUUGUGGAACGUGAAAAAGAGUUCAAACGAGAACCAAUGUUAGAGGAGUGUCUUCAGCACCUCGAGUUUUGUCGGAAAAAAUCCCGAGCGUUUGGGCGUGAUCAAGACUUGCAGAAAAUCAAAAGCUACUUACAAGGAACAAGCAGAUGUCCAUUCGUUGAUCAUGCAACUUCUGGAUCCGGGAAAACAACACUCAUGGCGAUGGCGGCUUCACGGACAAAAUCCUGGCUAACAGAAAACGUAUCAGUAAUCAUGAGAUUUGUUGGGACCACAUCUGAGAGCACGGACAUCAUCCCUUUCCUUCAGUACUUAGCACAACAAAUUAAAGAAGCAAAGGGAAAAUACGCCUUUAAGGCAGAGGGUGACUUUAAGCACAUAUUGUCUGAUUUUCAAUCAAGUCUUAUAGACGUUUCGAAGGACAAACCGAUCGUAUUGUUUAUUGACGCGUUAGAUCAAUUCAGUGCCUCAAAUGGUGCCAGGGAGUUGCUUUGGUUGCCGAAACAUCUUCCAGACAACGUCAAAUUGGUUGUUUCCACACUAGAAGACGCAAAAUAUGAGUGUUUCCGAAAGUUAAAGGUUGUCGUGAAAGAGGACACAAAUUUUUUACAACUCAGGCCAUUCACUAAAGAGGAUAUCCAUCAAAUAAUAAACGGCUGGCUAGGAAAUGACAACCGAACAUUGACCCCUGAGCAGCGAUUCGUCUUGAUUUCAGCUUUCAAUGAAACCCCAUUGGCACUGUUCUUGAAACUCUCCUACGACACUGCAAGUACUUGGACAUCAUACUAUUCGGUGGACCAAAACAGCUUAGAGAAAACCGUGCGUGCUAGCAUCAAUAGAUUAUUCCAAAGAUUGGAGGUUCUACACGGAGAGUUACUGACGUCCAGGGCUUUUGGAUAUCUAACUGCUGCAAAGAUUGGACUAUCAGAAGCAGAAUUAGAAGACAUUUUGUCAUGUGAUGAUGACGUAUUAAAUGACGUGUAUAUGUACUGGACGCCCCCUGUACGUCGUUUACCGCCAUUGCUUCUUGUCAGAUUAAAGGCUUCUUUGGAAGACAAACAUUACAUAGUUGAGAGGGGAGUGGACGGUAUACUGGUGAUGUACUGGUACCACCGACAGUUCUCUGAGGCUGCCUAUGACCGUUACUGUGCGGAUACAGACGCCCGCCAAAACCUUCAUGCUGGGUUGGCGGACUUUUUCAGUGGAGCUUGGGCUGAAGGUAAAAUGAAGCCCUACACAGAUCGACAGGGUAAUACUGAUUCAGCGGAUAGACAGGCUGCAGAGCAGCCAUUCCAAAAUGGCGACCACUAUAACACCCGGAAACUAAAUAACUUGGCAUAUCAUAGAAUUAUGUCUUUGGAUUUGCAGAAAAGCAAACAAGAGUGCCUUUUUAACUUUAAUUUCCUGAUAAAAAGGCUUAAGGGCACCUCUGUCAGGCAACUUUUGGAGGACUUUGAAACUGCUACUGAUGUUUUUCCAUCCGACAAAGCAAUUGACCAAAUACUCCAAACAUUGAAACUUUCCGAAAGUGUCCUGAUGAAUGAAAGGGAUUCCUUGGUGUCUCAGAUGUUGGGUCGUCUUCCGUGUACUGAGGAAACAGAAGAUUUUCUUCAGCAGUGUAGAGAUUCGGGCGUAACGUAUAUACAGACUAACAGGUCCGUACUGAGGCGGCCGGGUGGACAGCUGAAGCACGCCCUACACGGGGAUGAUGAAGAUGUCAUGUACCUAGACAUGUCACGUGAUGGCAAAACAGUAGUCACAAGUGCGUUAAGUAAUAUAGUGAAGCUCUGGGACGUCCAAAGAGGAAAACUUAUAAGAAGUAUAGAGGACCUUGAUAAGCUGGUCAGAAAUGUUAAUUUUAUUAACAACGACACGGGCAUUCUAGUCCGAACAUCAGACAAACUGCUGGCUCUUACCCUUUACGGCGAUAUUCAGUGGACUAUUCCUCUGGAACAUCUUUAUUCACUGUACUGCAUUGGAGGGCCGGAGAAGACUAUCUUGUGUCUGUAUAGAGAUGAUCGCCUCCAGUUUUAUGAUCUUUGUGAUGGAAAUCUGACACAUUCUACAACAACACAAGGAACGAUUCUUACGGAUCCUAAUGGAUACAACAAGAACGAUAAUAUGUACAGUUAUAGAAUGGAAGUCAGCUACGGGACGGACACGUUCAUGGCUCUGGUAGACAAUAGUAAAAAGUUAUUCACUAUGGUGGAUCUCGAGUCUAAAACAACAUCGAAGUUUUGUCGCGUAUUUCAGGACAUUGAGCAUGAAAUUGACGUGACUGAUAAUUUAGAAAUAGACGCCAUUGCAAUCACAAAGGAUAACAAACACGUUAUUGUUGCUUCAAUGAUGCAAAAUGAUCUCAUUCUCUUUGAUGCAAGGACGUUGGAAAAAAUACAGUGUAUUCCAGGGAACUCCAAACUGGUUUCUGAGAAGUUUAAGAUAUCCAAUGACGGUCGUUUCCUUUAUUCUCCCUGUAAUUCUUAUGUCCUUCUCUACGACCUGGAGACUUGGGAGAGGACCGCAAUAUUCCGCCAUUCACACUCGAUUCACGAUGUUCAAUCCGUGGAUGCAAAGACUUUUGUCACAAUAUGUGGCGAUUUUGGUAUCUGGAUUUGGGACAAAGACGGUGAAGAAGCAAAGGGUCAGAUGGACGGAUUCAUUGGAACAUCCGUCAGCGACUUGAUGCAGAUACCUAAUAGCUACUACGUGGUCACAUUAACAAGUCACAAAGAUGACCAUUAUAUACAGGUUCAUCAUGCAGUGAAGAAAAUCAAAGUUCGACAAUCCAAAUUAUACAAAGACCAGAAGUAUGGAUCUGAUUUCCGUCCAAGGAUAAAGGGUCUUAUUUCGGAUAAAACGAUUUUGAUGCGAAGUCACUCAAGACAACUGAAAAACGUGAGCUUGGAAACAUUGAAACCAACGGUCACAUACCAAGGUCGAACUGCCAAAUAUGCACCGGUAGCCAUAUUUUCUGAAAGACAAGAAAUAGCCACAACAACAAGAGGGGGUUCUCACAUCAAGAUACAGUGUUCCCAGACUGGUCGUACAAAGUGUGUCAUAAGAAUACCCCAAAGCAUCUCCAAGAAAAUAGAAAUGUUCGAAUCUGGUUUCCGGGGGAGCCUAUUAUUGGUGUUUUACCAGGAAUCCCCGAGAGUCUCUGUUAUAGACAUCGCCAGUCGUCAGGAACGGUAUAUCAUAGACAUGUACUCUGAGCUUGGCUUCAGUACUCAUACAUUGCUUGAGCUAAAGAUCGCCCCAGAUGACUCGUUUAUCUUGUUUACGGAAAGGAAGACACCAAAAGGAUACAAACCCGGAUCUAAGAGAGUGUACAUUUCAGUCGUCUACGAUGUACAAUCUCGAAACACAAUCGAACUUUUUGAUCGCUACCAGGAUGCAGAAAACACAAUUUUAAGAGGAACCAGCAAAAUCUCCAUUUUUGGCGCUGAUAUUCUAGACGACAAUAAUAUCGUGACAUCGCACGAAGACGGAAGCAUGAGAGUAUGGAAUAGCAAAACAGGUGAAGUAUUAAAAAGACUUGGCGAACAAACGUCAUCCCCUGAUUUAAUCUCUUCUCCGGGAAACCCUUACUUUUUAUCCAACGGUGAAAGCGAUACUGGAAGAACCUUUCGAGUUUGGAGUAAGGACACAUUUCAAAGCGUCUCAUCAUUCAAACUUGAUAAAAAAAUAUCAAGGGUGCUAUUUUUGGACGGUAAUAGAGGCUUUGUUUCUUGUGAAUCUAACCCUGCCAGACUUAUACAUUGGACAGUAGAAGGAACUUCUGAUGCACGUGAGGAAGCCAUUCACGAUCAGGUCUCUUUUACCGGUCAAGUUCUGAACUUGGAAACAAACUUGGUAGAUGAAUGUGACAUAGAUAAUGAUGAUGAUAAACUGGAUGAUGAUGAAGAUGAAAUAUCAGAUGAAGAAUCAGAUGAUGGAUGAAGCAGUCCAAAUUUGGCAAUCAGUCAUUGAGAUCCUUGAUCACGACGCGUACAUUUUAUCUUUUCAACAAAAG